GGAUACCAACACAAAGUGCGUCUGGAUCGACUGUACACUAUUCGAAGACUGGUUCCUCCAAUGCUAAAGGCAACCGCGAACCCAAAAAAAUUGUUGAAAAAAUGAAACACCGAAAUUUCCCCCCUUCAUCGUCGUUGAUGCUAGUGUUUUUCGCACCAUUGAUUGCAAAUCUGGCGAACAGCAACUACCAUCAUGCAGUAGAAGGAUUCUCGUCACCGCUACUGAUAAAAAAUGCCUCCAAGCCGAGAAUAGCAACACCAAUUUUUGCCGCCAAGGGCUUUGGCGGAGGCGGUGGGUUCGGGGGUGGUGGCACCAAAAAGAAAACCAAGAAACAGAGCGGAAAAAAGAAGGGUAAUCGGUUGGCCGAUUCCCUCGCAGACCGGCCCAGCAAACCCGUCGCGAAAAAAGGACAGACCUAUGUCAAGUCCGAACAAGACGCCAUGCUCGAGGAGUUGGCGGCGAAAUCCUCCCGAACGCCCAUCGGGAAGGCCGUCAACGAGGCGAAGCGUGCCCUGCACGCCGCUGGUAUUGACACCGAUGUCGACCCGUUUUGGGAUCUCAUGCCGUCCCUGAUAUCGUCGAAGUUUCCGAGCUUGCAAGAUUCUCAGCUGGAACGCGUCGCGGGCAUGGUGAAGCACGCACUUCAUCCAGACCGCCAAUCUUUGUUGGACCAAUCCAUCGUAGCAGACGAAUGGCGGCCACACGAGGAAAUCCACGCAUACAUGCCAGACUUGGGAGAGACGAAACCCUUUUGGGAUUCCAGCGAGCUUUCUAUUUGCCAAAAGCUGAGCGAGAACUAUGACACAAUUUGCAGUGAAUACCAGGCUCUUCUGCAGGACCAAAAAGAUCGGUUUCAAUCUGUGACCAGCAUGAACUACGAGAGUGGUUGGAAGACAUUGGUUCUGUUUUACAAUGGUCAUCGAAUCCCCGAUUUUCCUUACCAUUUGUGUCCCAAAACUACGGAACUCAUGGAAAGCCUGCCGUUGGCCGGAAGAAUUGCCGGUUUCAACAGGCAACAACCCCAGAGUGGAAUCCCACUCCAUUCGGAUGGCAACAACAUGUGGCUCACCUUGCAGAUGGGGAUCAAGGUUCCGGAAGGAGAAAAGGCCUGGAUCCGGGUAGGGCCCGAAACCAAGCGAUGGAAGGAGGGAGAAUGUAUGCUCUACGAUACCACAUACGAGCACGAAACCUUCAACGAAUCGGAAACGGAAGAGAGGGUGGUAUUGCACAUUGACUUUUUCAACACACUGAAGAUGACUCCGGUGGAGAUCGAAGUAAUGCGCUACAUUUACAGCAUGAGAGAAGAAUUUAUGAAAGCAGAGGGAGUUUCCAAGGUGGGCAAUCAGAUUUUAUAAAAUAAAGCUAGAAUCAAAAUUACUUGCAUUG